CCUAGGGCGUGGGCUAUGAGACGCUUUGCACUGCAGCCUAUCCAUUGUCUGCGGAGCAGGGAGGGGACCACGGAGGUGCAGAAGAGGGCUGGGCUGUUGCGUUGGUUCGUUCCUGAAGCAUCAUUUCAUUGUACCUAUAUUACUUAUCAAUUCGUGCUGUGGCAGCUGAAGAUAUUAGAGUCAAGAUGCUCAAGAAUCCGUCAUCAGUAAACACUGGAAUACAGGCGAAGAUACCAGCCACAGAAGAGACCAUCGUCCUUGAACAUAACAUAUUUUGGGGGGAAUGCAUCUAACAUCUCCGUAAAGAACGGCGAGGAAGCCAGACUUAGAGGUAUUAUAUUAUUGUGUGAACUGUGAUAGGAUGCCGUUUUGACAUGUCGCGGAAGACUUCAGAUAACGUUAUGAUUCGAUUGCGGAGGAUGUCUAUGGCUAAGAACAGCGAAACGGUGAAGGUGGUAGUUCGGUGCCGCCCCAUCAACAAGAAAGAGGAGACGAUGAAUCAUGAAAAAAUAGUUGAGGUAGAUGUCAAACUGGGACAGGUAAGGGUGCGUAAUCCGAGGGCACAGCCCGGUGCGAUCAUGAAAACAUUUUCAUUCGAUGCGGUGUAUGACAUGGCCUCCUCCCAAAAUGAUCUGUAUGACUAUACAUGCAAACCUCUUGUGGACUCGGUUUGUCUUGGUUUCAAUGGAACAAUAUUUGCCUAUGGACAGACAGGGACAGGCAAAACAUACACAAUGCAGGGUUUGCCAUCAGACCCUGAAAAGCGUGGAGUCAUUCCAAAUUCAUUUUACCACAUUUUCACCCACAUAUCCAGAUCUCAAAACCAGCGGUAUCUAGUACGGGUCUCUUACAUAGAAAUCUAUCAGGAGGAGAUUCGGGACCUGUUGUGCAAAGACAACAACAAGAAACUGGAGCUCAAAGAGAAUCCUGAGACAGGGGUGUAUGUGAAAGACCUCUUGUCAGUGGUGACCAAAAGCAUCAAAGAAAUUGAACAUGUGAUGAACUUGGGGAACCAGUCUCGGUCUGUGGGUUUCACUAAGAUGAAUGAGUGCAGUUCUCGGUCGCAUGCCAUCUUCAUUGUCACCAUUGAGUGUUGUGAGACAGGCGUGGAUGGUGAAGAUCACAUCCGUGUAGGGAAACUUAACAUGGUGGAUCUGGCAGGCAGUGAGCGUCAAAGUAAGACUGGGGUCAAAGGAGAGCGCUUCAAGGAAGCUGCAAAGAUCAAUCUGUCCCUGUCUGCUCUGGGCAAUGUCAUAUCUGCCCUGGUGGAUGGCACAAGCACCCAUAUCCCAUACAGGGACUCCAAACUCACACGGCUGCUGCAGGACUCGCUAGGGGGCAACUCUAAAACAGUAAUGGUAGCCACCAUUGGCCCUGCAUCCUAUAACUACGAGGAGACCAUCACAACCCUGCGGUAUGCCAACCGGGCCAAGAACAUCAAGAACAAGCCUCACAUAAAUGAAGACCCCAAAGAAGCCCUGCUUAGGGAGUUCCAGGAGGAGAUUGCGCGUUUGAAAGCACAACUUGAAGAGCGAGGGAUGAUGGCGAAAGAGAGGAGGAGGAAGAGGAGAGACAGCAUGAGGAUGAAGAGAAGCAUGAGCAGUGGAGAGGUGGAAAAGCCCCAAGGGGGUUAUGUGGAUGUGGUGGAGACUGUACAGGAAGAGAGGGAUGGAGAUGGGAGUGAGAGGAAAGCGGAAAAACUAAAGUACAGGAACAGUGUAAAUGGGAACCUCGAGGAGCUGGAGAUGUAUAGACUUCCUGAAGAGAGAGAGAGGACGGUAGAGGAGCUACAGAAAGAACAAGAGACCAUAGAACACAUCAUAGAGAAAUAUAAGUCUAUGGAAAGCAAGCUGUUGGUUGGUGGUAAGAAUAUUGUGGACCACACCAAUGAGCAACAGAAAAUGUUGGAACUGAGGAGACAAGAAAUUACAGCACAGAUGAGACAGGAGAGAGAAAUGCAACAGCAGAUGUUUGAGCAGGAUGAAGAAACUGUGGAGCUGAGGGAAACCUUCGACACCCUGCAGCAAGAGGUGGAACUCAAGACCAAGAAACUGAAGAAGUUGUAUACCAGGUUGCAGCUGGUAAAAACUGAAAUUGGAGACAUCAUUGAUGAGCAUGUGGCCACCAGACAGGAACUGGAACAAACACAACAUGAACUGAUCAGGGAGAUGAAGUUUAAGAAUUUGAUAAUAGAGAAUUUCAUUCCACCCGAGGAGAAGAACAAAAUGAUGAACAGACUACAGUACGACAGUGAAGAGGACCAGUGGAAGAUGCUGCCCCUUCUCCCCUCUGAAAACAGCCGCUGUCGUGUUAAGCGAAGACCAGCAUCUGUGGUUGGAUACAAGCGACCCAUCAGCCAGUAUGCCCAGUCUGCUGCAGCCACAGGAGCACCUCCCAGAUACAGGGCAGAGAACGUCAUGUUGCUGGAGCUGGACAUGACUCCGCCAGCCAUGUUUCACCUGAACUUAAACGGGACAGAUCUGAUCAGCAGAGACCUGCUCCCUGACUUCGUCCACCUUCGAAGGAGAGGCACUGCAACUCGAGUGAGGAAAUCCCAGUCCUGGAAUCAGGCACCUUGCAUGCCUUCGACCUCCUCUGCCUGCUGGCUGGCUCCUGGGUCCCCGCGCACCUCAGUUUUUCAGGGUGCCUGUGGCGCCACCCUUCCUGCUGAUAAAGAGGCCUAACCAAAUCAUCCAUGGAUGAACUCGCUGCCUGUAUGCAUCCCUUCAUUCCAAACACCUAAUAUGCUUUUUCUCCAUGCCAGAGAGAAAGAAAGCAAGGCAGGCUAAAGCAGCUUUGCAAUUACUGUUAUUGUUAUUUUGUAUUAUUUAAAGCCAAGCAUUUUUAUUAUUUGUAUUAUUUAAAACUGAGCAUUUUUUGCCUCUGCAGCUUUGUAAACAACAUUUUUUAGAAGCUUUCGAUACUUGAAAAGCACAAGGGUGUCUUUAAAUGGCUUUAAGCCAUUUUGCAUAAAAUUAGGUUUUGAAAAUGAACUGUAGCCUUUGUGAAUGGUGCAAUGUUGAAUUACGAUAACUCAGCUGGUGAAAGCUUUGAUAAACAGCUUUAUUGUGGCCUGAUGUGUGUGUAUGUGGGCAAAAGCAUUUCAAUGGUUAUAUGUCUUCUUUCCCUGUGAAUUGGGAAUGCAUUACGUAUCUGUGUUACAAUGUUAACUAGAAAAAAAUAGAAAAUAAUGUCCAAACUGG